AGAGAGAGAGAGAGAGACCUGGAUACGGUGCCCAAAUAAGGAACGCUACCAUAGGAGCGCUUCUUUUGUCGUCCCCCGCCACCUCACUCGUGAGAAGGUGCAGGGACGAUGUUCUACGCCCACUUUGUCCUCAGCAAACGUGGGCCGUUGGCCAAAAUCUGGCUAGCGGCCCAUUGGGAUAAAAAGUUGACUAAGGCACAUGUGUUUGAGUGCAACCUGGAGAGCAGUGUUGAGAGCAUCAUCUCUCCAAAGGUGAAAAUGGCUCUGCGCACAUCUGGCCACCUUCUUUUGGGUGUUGUACGGAUCUACCACAGAAAAGCCAAGUAUCUGCUUGCUGACUGCAAUGAAGCUUUUAUCAAGAUUAAGAUGGCCUUUCGCCCAGGUGUGGUAGAUCUGCCUGAAGAGAACCGUGAAGCUGCCUACAAUGCCAUCACUUUACCUGAGGAGUUCCAUGACUUUGACCAGCCUCUUCCAGACCUGGAUGAUAUAGAUGUCGCACAGCAGUUUACUUUGAAUCAGUCUCGUGUGGAGGAAAUUACUAUGAGAGAGGAGGUGGGCAACCUGAAUUUACUGCAGGAAAAUGACUUUGCUGAUUUUGGCAUGGACGACAGAGAGAUGAUGCGGGAAGAGGGUGCAUUUGAGGAAGACAUCAUCAGUGGCGCUUCUGCUUCCAACCUACUGCUGGAACCAGAAUCUUCUAGUGGUCAGAUAACCGAUAAAUCGAACCAUUUGGAGUAUGAUCAGUACAAGGACGACUUUGGAGACAACCCUAUGGAAAGCACAGAGGGAGGCAUGCUGGUGGACAAACUACUCAGUAAUGAGGAUGGAGGGGGCAUUUUCGAUGACCCUCCAGCCAUUACAGAGAGCACCAUGAUGCCACAGGAUCAUGGUGGGGAUGACGAUGAUGAUUUUGACAACCUCUCUCCUGCGGGAGGUCCAGACAGUCCAGACUCGGGCCCUGUGGAGCAGCUUCCCACCAUGACAGACCAGACAGAGCAAACCACAUUGGUUCACAAUGAGGAGGAGGCAUUUGCCCUUGAACCUAUUGACAUUACAGUAAAGGAAACCAAAGCUAAGAGAAAGAGAAAGCUGAUUGUGGACAGUGUAAAGGAGCUGGACAGUAAGACCAUCCGGGCUCAGCUUAGUGACUACUCAGACAUUGUCACCACCCUGGAUCUGGCUCCACCAACUAAGAAGUUGAUGAUGUGGAAGGAAACAGGAGGGGUGGAAAAGCUCUUUUCCCUGCCAGCACAGCCACUGUGGAACAGCAGGCUUCUUAAGAUGUUCACAAGAUGCCUGACCCCUCUUGUGCCAGAAGAGCUAAGGAAGAGACGGAAGGGUGGAGAGGCUGAUAGCCUAGAUGAGUUUCUUAAAGACCUUGAGAACCCUGAGGUGCCUAGAGAAGAGGGUCAGACUCAAAAAGAUAUUAUCGACCAGACAAUCUUAGAGGAGCCUAGUGUAAUGCAGGCCUCUGCCAUGGAGGGCAGUCGCACUACCCUUGAUGAAUCAGUCAUGCCUCCUCCAUCCAGCCACCGUGGCCAGAAACGCAAGGCACAGGAAACAGAGCAUGCUCUGCCUAUGCUGGACGAUGACCGCUCCUCGAUUGUGUCCACACAGCUUAAUGUUCAGCCAGUAGAACUCCCUCCAGAAGAGCCUGUUAACAUCUCCCAGCUUAUCCCUGAACUCGACCUGCUUGGGGGUGAGAAAAACAAAGAGAAGAAGGAUGAUGAUGAAGAAGAAGAGGAGGAGGGUGGAGACCAGGACCAGGAAGAGAGGAGGUGGAACAAGAGGACACAGCAGAUGUUACAUGGCCUGCAGAGGGUGAUUGCCAAGACUGGAGCAGAAUCAAUCAGCCUUCUCGAACUUUGCAAGAACAACAACAGAAAACAAGCAGCAGCCAAAUUCUACAGCUUCUUGGUUCUAAAAAAGCAGCAGGCAGUGGAGCUAACCCAGGCUGAGCCCUACAGUGACAUCAUCGCCACUCCUGGUCCUAGAUUUCACAUCAUAUAGAUGCCAUACAAUGAAGUAACAUUUCACUGGUAGUUUUUGCUCUUGUUUAUGUUUUGUUACUCUUUCUGUGUGUUUUGAUGCCACCUGAUUCUAAAUGUAGAAGAUACAGUGUUUCGUCUG